AUGCUGGAUGUUGUGGAAGCUAUCCUUCCCUUUGGAGCUGAGCAGUGGCAAAACGCUGCGUCUCAGUUCAAUACAAAUAUUCCAGCAGGGUGGACUGAGCGAGAUGGCGACAGCCUCAAACGUAAAUUCCAAAAGCUGGUUCGUGUUCCUAAACCGACAGGGAACGGAACAUGUCCCGAGGAGGUGCAGCGCGCCAAGCGUCUACAAUAUGCCAUUGAGGCUUCAUUGUCUGUUGUUCAGCUCCACGACAACUUUUCGGACGAAGAGUUCGAGGAGGGAGAUCCCGACCACGACACCGACGAGGAAGCUGCAAGCUCCGUGCUUGUGACUGCUAGUUCACCUCUAGCAGCCUCGACGGACUCACAAUUAACCCAAACACCCACGGCAACUUACAACAGAACACCUCGAGCAACAUGUCGUAGGUAUGGGGAAGGAGAGAGACGGUAUUGA